AUCUGGGGUCCUUUGCCUCACUCCAAGCAUUCACGAAUCUCACCGCUAGUCGCAGUAAAUGUGUCAUUUUACGCCACUUUAGGUUGCUGUAAAAUAAUUUUUUACGAAUUAUUGCCUCAAAAACUCCUCACGGAUCACUUUAUAAACGCCAAUCAAACAUGUUGAGCUCCGGCUGCCGUGCCCUUCAUAAUCUGCUCGGCCAUAUGACGAUCAGGAAUUUCUCUGUGACUCCUGUUCAGAGUACCGUGGUGGUGGAGCGCUGGUGGCAGGUGCCCCUGUCCAAAGAGGGCAGCCCCCCGAGGUUACACCCCCGCAGGCACCGCAUCUACAGGAUUGUGGAGGACACCAAACAUGCUCCAAGUCAAAAGAUGGAGCUUAUCCUCACACAGACUGUUCCCAAGUUGGGUGGCCGAGGAGAAACUGUGUUUGUGAAAAAGUCGGUGGGGCGGAACAAGCUGCUGCCCCAGGGGCUCGCUGUGUAUCCAUCCCCAGAGAACAAGCAGAUGUUUGCAGAGGAAUUAAAGCGUUCGCGUGAGGGCACGAGCGAAGAAAGGGUCCAAACCCGAACAGGACAACUGACAGUCGAGUUCCUGAAGCGCUGUAAGCUGACCAUUAACAAAAUGCCCUCGGAGGACUUCAAGCUGACUAGUGAGGUCGUAAGGAGACAAUUUCUUAAGAAGCUGGUCAUGGUAGUGCCUCCUCAUGCCUUGAAGCUUCCGUUCGAGCCAAUCACAGAGUUGGGCGACUACUGGUGUGAAGUAACGGUGAACGGACUGGACACGGUCCGCGUCCCCAUGUCUUUAGUCCCCUACGAAGACAUGUCAGCCAGUCAUCAGCGACUCUUAAAGGCGCAGAGGGAUCAGCUCAAAGUUUCCCAACAUGUGGAUGAGCAGGAUGCAACCCAGUCCAGUGACGUCGAUGCGUCGGUGCCACCAAGUGACAAUAAAACGGACUAAAGAACAUUUUUUUGUUGAGAUGAUACUGUUAAGAAUACUUGCAUGGUGGAACAUUGUUUUAAUAAAAAAAUGCUCACUGAA